AUGGAAGAAAAGACAACUCGGGGAGGCCGAGGCAGAGAAGGGAAUGCGUGCCUGCUCCGCUCGCUCCUGCUUCUUGAAGCGCGUCCCGUCAGUCCCCGCGUCUCUUUCUCGAUUCUGUCUCUCGGCUUUCUCUCCUCAACCGCACACGGCCUCGUCGAGUCUGUGCAGACACGAGCGACUUCGCAUGCAAGUUCUCCAGCCUCCUCGGUCGGUUCCUCGCCCUCGGUUUCACGCGCUGCGCCGCCGUCUCCGUCUCGCCCCUCUCAAAGCCUCUCGAGCUCCGCGGCUCCGGGGCUGUGGGGUGUCUCCCUUGCCUCAGCGCGGCGUCUCCUCUUGGAGGAGCAGAAGAAGGAGACAGCGACUCUGGCGGCGCUCGCGACCUACGGUCUCUGCUCCUCGGUGAACCAGCAAGCGUCGUGGACGUGGGCAGAUCCCUCAGACUUCGACGCCUUUUUGCCUGUGAGCGACGGCGAGGCCGACGUCGUCUUCGAUGCAGACUCCCAAAAUGACGAGGAAGAUGGACUCUUUCAAAGAACCGGAGACACCGAGGAACCUGAGAAGCCGUGCGUCGUCGUCGGUCUCGUCGAAGUCGCGGCAGAAGGCAAACGCGCCCGGCGCCGCCGACGCUCCCCCGGUGUCUCCGCCAUCGAGUUUGAAGCUCGUCUCUCGCCCCCUCAUUCUCAUCAUGCAUCGGGGAGUUGCGUGCACAUUGAGACGUCGCUGCGAUGUAUCCGGGGGUUGCCUUCGACAUUUUGCAUGGAGGCGCAGGAGACGAUUUCUCUCGGCGUUUCUUCCUCCCUGUCUCUGUCCUCCGUGGCGACAGAGAGGCGCGAGAACAGGGAAGCGAGCGAGAGCGUUCCAGAGGCCAUUUCGCAUUUAGAGCCGGUGGAGAAGCUUCUGCACACUUCGGCCGCGCUCGAGGCUCUGCUCGUGAGUUUUCUCGAGAGCCGCGGAGAGCCAGACGCGGAGGAGAGUCGCUUGAAUCGCCAGCGAAGGGAGAAGGACCGGGCGUCUCUAGCGAGUUCCAGAGAGCGCCUUUUUCGCAGCCAUCUCACGCAGUUUCUGCAUUUUUUUUCGGACUCCACGAGCGACUCUUCCAGCGUGAGUCGCCGCUGCUCUGCGCUUGCCGGAGAGACGAACCGACUCCACCGCGGCGAGGUCGAUCGCGAGAAGGCGAAAUCGCGACAUCGAGUUUCUUUUCAAGAUGCGCAUGCAGAGAUCGGAAGGGACGUCACGGGCGCCGAGACAUCCAAGACUCCCUGCAGCUUCCUCCCAGCUGCGCGUGCGACUGACUGCAGGCCCCAUGAGCCGCCGCGCGUCACUGCGGCGCCGUCCAACUCGCCCAGCUCGCCCUCUGCGUUCCUGCGCGACCCCGAAGGAGACGCUGUGCCUGGAGGCGCAUGCAACGCAGAGACCCCCGUGGGCGGCGGUCCGGGAUCAGAGAGAGGAACGACGCUGGAAGCGCAAGCGAGUCUGUUCGAGAGAGCGAGGUGUGCGGACGAAGAAAAGAAGCGAGAAGACGAGGCGGCAGACGCCUCUAUCGGAGACACUGUCGCCCAGACGAAAGAGCGGCAACUUCCUGUGUUGUCUCCAACGCGUCGUCCUCGGUCUGCAGAAGAGAGAAAGCGACGCAGUGGAGAGGGAUGUACGACCCAGGCCGACUCGGGGCCGUCUGCGCCGAUGUAUGGAGGCCGCAGCUGUCUGGCUCAAGCCACAGAACGGACGUAUGCAGUCGGUGUUGAGGAAGGUCCGUUUCACUCAGGCACACAGUCCGAAAGAGAAACAAACAACGGAGAAGCGUCGCGAGUCGGCGUAAAAGACAUGUUUGCAUCCGCGCUGGGAGAAAGGAUAGAAUCAGGAAACGCAAAAGCCGGCGGGCAGCUGUGGCUGGACUCCUUCGGAUCGGGGACGCCCGGUGGAGAAGGAAAGAGUCUUCAAGGUAAUGCCGCUACAGUCUUUGCUGUGUCUUCGCGCUCCCCGCUUGAGGCGCCAAUGAGUGGAGACGACACCGAGAGACGGGGAGCAGCGUCAGGAGAUGACGCUGAAGGCCGACAAGACAAAAAACCGUCACCCUCUCCGUCCAAAUCAGCUUCUUCUCCAGAUCCUUUGCCUUCUUCGCCUUUUGUUUUUUCGCCUGCGUCGCCGUGUGAUCUGUCUUGUGUCUCAGUGUCACGCUUGACGAGUGCCCCAUCAGGCAUCGUUGGACUUGGCGCCGAGACCGCUGCCGAGGCCCAAGAGAGAACGGCCGUUCUCUCGCGCUUGGGAGGUGUCAGUGCAUGCAAAGAAGGCGCGAACGGCGCGCUCUCAGUGAUUCAAGAAGAAGGCGAAGAGGAGAGCACUGAGACGCAGGGGACGCAGAGCGAGGACCGCAGCGGAGCCCGUGGCGAGAAGAAGCAACAGACAGAGAAAGACAAAGAGAAGGAGAAGAAGGAGAAGAACGAGAAGACGGACAAGCAUGACAAGCAUGACAAGAAUGACAAGAAAGACAAGAAAGAGAAGGAGGUCAAUGGAGAUGAAGUGGAGAGAAGAGAAGUACGAGGUGUGGAGGAGUUGGUGGCCUCUGAGAGUAGACCGGCGCAUGAGGCGCGCGGGGCGAAGCCUAGCGCAGAUGUGGGGGAGUCCAAAUAUGAGCGCGACUCUGAGAUGGGGAAACGAAGCCCAGAGGUCACGAGUCGAUACCACACAGAGUUCAUCGAACUUCAGCAACUCGGGUCAGGCGGCUUCGGCAGCGUCACAAAGGUUCGCCAGCGGCAAGGGGGAGGCAUUUUCGCCGUGAAGUGCAUUCCUCUGCGUCCAGCUCGAGUGCGGCGCCACGGCUUCUGUCCAGGCCAGGGUCGGGAGCGAAACCUCGCGCGCGCCGGUGGAAAUUCCACGGGCCGCGGCAUGCGGGCCGAUGCAGGUGACGCACAAGCUGCGAAGCGGCUGGAACGAGCGCGAAUGCGAAGUUUCUCCGGAAACAAAGCGAAACGGCGUGUAGGUGGACAAGUCUGUGCUCUCUCGGGGCCGCGACAGAACUCUGACCAAGCUCCUAAAGACGGUGCAUGCAAACAAGCGGCCCGCCGCAAACGCAGAGACGACAGCCUCAGCCCCACAGACUCCCAAGACACCUACGACGACGCCGUCGGCUACAUGGAGGAAGCAACGAUGCUCGCGAAACUCAACCACAAGCAUAUCGUUCGUUACUACGACGCUUGGCUCGAAGUCACAACGCCUUUGCGGCGGGUCUCGCCAGACUCUUCGUGUGGAGCCGAAGAAGGAGAUCCGAGCAAAUGUCUCUUCAUCCUCAUGGAGUACUGCCCAGGUCGCACUCUGCGAGAGGCAAUCGAUUCGGGACUUCUUCAGCUUCCGCCUGCGUCGUUCCGACAGACGCUUCGGAGACGCCAGACGGCGAACCGAGUCUCCGAGACGGCCGCCUGUGCACCCGAAGCAGGCCGUCGAUGUCUGGGCUCCUCUGCGUACGUCUCUUCUUCCUCUUGUUGCUCUCCGUCUUCUUCGCGCGCAGCCUCGGAGCUUCGAGGCGCCGGCGCGGCUGAGACGCUCGCGCCCAAGGGAGGAGAACCCCCAGGGCAGGCAGGAAACGAAGAAGCAAGAGAAGCGCGAGAAGAAGUCGAGGAAGAGGAUGACAGCGAAGAAGAGCGACGGACAGAGGCGGAACGGAGAACCGCAGCCGAGAUGGGACUGCGCGCUCUCAAGUGGAGACUCACCCGCGACCUCGUCGGAGGCGUCGCUUACAUGCACUCUUUCGGCGUCAUCCAUCGAGACCUGAAACCCAGCAACAUUUUCCUCAAGGUGGACCAAGACCGCCUCUGUGUCAAGAUCGGCGAUUUCGGCCUGACGACGACCGUGUUGAAAGGGAAGCCUGGGGGUUCGCAAGCUGCGGGAAGGCGGGCCUCGCACUCGGGGACCAGCGGAGACACACCUAUGGGCUCUGGCGCGUCGGUCCGGCCGCUCUCAGGCUUUUCCUGUCCGUCACAGGAGGUCUGUGAAGCGAGACCGAACGGAGGCAAACCGCACCCCGGCUGUCCUCAGCCUCUCCAACGUCUCCCUCUCGUUCCGCCUCUCUCCUCCUUCCCCGGCUCUCACCCCAGCGAUACACCUUCUCUUCGACUCUCUGCCGGCGUCGGCACGGUCUACUACAUGGCUCCCGAACAGGCUACUGGCAGCCGCUACGACCAGAAGGCGGACAUCUUUUCGUUGGGUGUAGUCUUGUUUGAAAUGUGGGCGCCGCCUUUCACGACGGCGAUGGAACGCGCCUCUGUGCUGGGGCAGUUGACGCUGGAUCACGAACAGCAGAUGCGGCGGCUGUUGCCUCGACAGGCAGGCAAGGCCCUUCCUCCCUUCCACUCCCCGGCGCCUCUGAAGCACCGAGAGAAGAAGGACGAGGGCGACGGGGGGGGGGAGGCCUCGAGUGUUGCGCUGCAGUCCUCUCGCCUAUCCGCGCCUCUGCGGCCUCGGCAGCAACGCCGGAGACAGCAGCGCGAGAACCUGCUUCUCCAGAGGACCGAAGACGAGAAGCGGCGUCUCGGCGCGGGCGGCGACCCCGCGGACCCCCCGCCGCCCUCCGACUUCACUCCGUUCGACACCCUGACCUUCUUGAAGCAGUAUGUGCCAAGCGAAGUCGCCCCGCUGAUUCUCGCCAUGAUUCAACAGGACCCGGCCAGCCGUCCUGCGGCAGACGCACUGCUUGUUGACGACGUUCUCCUCCCUCUCGAGCUCAGCCAGGCGCUGCCUCUGGGCGUCGUCGACGAGUACGAAGUCGACCUCGUCAGAUCCUUCUCUCACGAGGCUCCCAGCAGACGGACAGAAAAGAACGGACGAAGGGGCGAGAGCGGGAAACAUGGGGGGUCUGGCAUGCGUUCGAACUCGCAUGCACUCGGGGCUUCGCGUGGGGAACUCGAGCGCGGGGGCGAGGCCCAGAGACAGGGCCAGCAGGGAGCAGCGGGGACCGGUGAGGCUCUCGAGGCGGGGGUCCGCUGCGGGCCGAAGCGCGGGAAGGCCGCAGGGCGCGAGCGAGAGACAGGCGGAGAAGUCGAGGGACCGAGUUUGGCUUCUGUGGGCUCCGAAGGUGAGGGCGACGACGCGGCGGGAGGCGAGGCGGGGGCGGGAGGCGAGGCGGGGGCGGGAGAAGGACGGAGCCGCCGAGGAGACAAGGCUAAGGAGAAGAAGAGACAGGCGGCCGAGGAAGAGCCGGGAAGCGAGCGGCGGUGGAUCGAGGGCGCGCGAGGUGGCGAGAAGGCCGGGGUCGGAGACCUCCGGGGUGGAGAGAGACUGCAGGCCCACUCUGCGCAUCCGUCGCUGUCGUUCAGUGAAACAUGCGUCGAGGUCGACACCGUUACGCAGAGUGUGGGGGGGCGCCGAGAAGAGCGAGAGAGACGGAGACGAGGAACCGAUCGCGAGGGCCACAGAGCCGGUGGGGGCCUCCGGGCGAGAGAAACGCACAGUCCCGUCUCCCCUGGCGCCGGGGCCAGGAGGGGCGAGGCGAGUGACGAGGAAGAGAGCCGCAGAACCAGGAGAAAAAAACAUGAGGACGCGCUCUGCGUGAGGCCGCGCCCCGCUCUGGGUCACCCUUUCAAACGCAUCUACGAUGUCAUUGCCUCGUACCCUUUCUCCAACGAAGCCGUCCAAGUCAUGGCGACUCUGCUGAACAGACACGAAGACGAAGCUGCUCUCCACCACUUCCUUCUCCUCAAACGCGCCCUCGCGUCCGAGGGCAUUCUGCUGUAUCGUCUUCAACAGUUUAUUCGCGGAUUAGUCCGGCAGCAUUGCGCGAGUUGCUUCGAGCGCCGCGGCGCGACACAGAUUUCUCUCCCCGCUCUUCUUCCUCUCACGGGUCGGCUGGCGGGGAGUCUGAGCUGGACGCGGCGGCUGCUGCGGCAUUCCAAAGUGAUUCUCGAUUUGAAGGAGAAGCAGGAAGACGCGCAGAGGCGGGUGGAGGCUGCCCUCAAGAACAAGGGAGCGCUUCGCACGCGGCGGGCCUCGAAGUGCCUCUCGGUCGCUGGAGAGUCAGAGGGCAAGGGAGGCGCUGCCUCGGAUGGAAAUGUGUCAGAAGACCCGCAGCCGAGCAGGAAGGCGCGUCCGUCCUCUCGAAUGCCGCCAGCCCCGACGCCGGCCUUCGCACGCUCUGCGGGUGCGUCCGUCCUCGGCUGCUCGGCCUCCCGCGAUGUCUCUUCGGCGCGCGACCGGCCGGGGCUGCCGCCUCCCCAUUUGUUCGCAGUUCCGCUCUUCCGUCCCUUUCUUCUCGAGUGCAAGCCGCUCCAGCCUUGCGCCUCGGUUCCCUUUGCCUGUCUGCCGAUCCACACGGCCGUGGCGCCUGCGGCGGCGGGGGUUUGUACGCCCGAGGCGGCGACGGCGGCGGCGGCCGUCACGGUGGACGAGUUGCUUUCUGCGGAACAGGUCUCUUCUCCAGGUCGGGGCGUAGCGCUGCUGCUGGACGCCGCCGCGACGCCGUUGAUUCUUCCCUUUUCGCUCUUCCACGGCGCCGCGGCCGAGGCGGCCGGCAGAGGCCAUGCGAGUGCCCAUUUGUCUGUCCCCGUCGUCCAGCGGCGGUGGGCCUUCGCGCCGACGUACAUCAGGGCGGACUGCGCGGCGGGGCGAGGCUCCGCGUCGCCUCGCCUUGGGAAGCUCCGCGAAAGCGAGGAGAAACACUCGGGGGAGAAGAACGUGGGGAGCCGCCGGGAGAAAAGCGGCGGUCGGAACGGAUUCGGCUGCAUGCGAUGCCUGAGCCUGAGGUCCGGCGCGAGCUGCCCAGAGAAGGGCGGCUCGGAGGCCGAGCGUUCGAGCGCGCGGCGGGCCAGGGAUCGUGGAGCCCAACGCGAGGACGACGCGCCUGCAUGCGAGGCGGCUGCAUGCGCACCCCAGGAGAUCUACGCAGCGCUCUACGACCUCGUGGUCGACCUCGACGCCUUCGGGAACUGGGAAGAAGAGUUCGGCGGCUGCGUCUCCUUUUUCGGCGAGGACGACGUCCCCCGGCGUUUGUGCAGAGACGACGGCCGAGACCAGCUGGAGGCGAAGGAAUUCGGAAAGGCCCUCAUCCCGGGGGCGUUCUUCGACGCAGAGGUCGUCGCGGCAGCCGCCGACGUGCUAGCGCCGCUUGCCCUCGCUUCACCCCCUGACAGCGGAGGCGCGUCUCAUGGACAAGGCCUUCUUCUCGUCUGGACGAUGGCCGAUCUUCUCCCCGCCAUUCUUCAACAUCUCAUCCUCAUCCCGGAGGACCGCGUCCGCUUCUUCGCGAAUUGGCUGCGAGUCCAGGCAAACGGCAGCGGGCUGACGAAGGAGCGACUGGAGGCGCAUCUUCGGGCGGUCGUCUUAUAUUCGGAGGACAGUCUCGCCGGGACGGCUCGCGAGGUCUUUUCAGAAUCGGGAAACGGGCAAGUGCCUGGCCUGGCGUCCGACCGCGAAGCGCGCGGGAAGGCAGAGAACGGACGACAGAGAGGAGACGAAGAAAUGGCUCUUCUUCAGAUUCUCCAGAGAGAAAGAGACGAAAACUUCAUUCGGCAGCAAGCGGACCUUCUAUGGGCUCUGCUUGGCAUUCAGGAAGACACUCCAGAGAAGACGAUCGCAGAGCUGAUUUCUUGCGUGUUGUGUCUUGACCGGAGUCGCGAAGACGCGCUUCUGCUGCUCGCCGAGGCGGACCCGAGUGGCUUCGUCUCUUCUUCAUUCGACAGCUUGCUUCCCAUUUCUCUGCCCUUCUCGGCCGAGCGCACGAGCGUCGCGUCCGACGGUUCCUCUCACCUGGCUACGUCCCUCUCUUCGCUGUCUCCGCUGCUCCUCCAGCAGCUACGUCUCCUUCGUCUUCAGCAAGAACUCCUUUCGCAGGUAGAGUGCUUUCCUCCAAGCCAGCAGCGUUUCAACCUUUUCCUCCCCUUCGACACAGCGCAGUACGCCCACGGCUUGGUUUUCUUCGUCCUCGGGGCGCCCGUGAUGUCGCCCGCGCCGCCUCCGGGUGCCUCGGGGGGCUUGACACUCGGAGGCGCGCCAGGCCCGCCGUUCUUCUCUGGAUACCCCGGGAGCUUUUUCGCCGAGAAGAGCGGGAUGUUUGCCUUCUCGAGAGACGCGCUGCAGGGCGCCGGCAGCCUCGCCCACGGCGACGCUCCUCCACCCGCCGGUGCGCGCCACCCGCGGAGCCACCCAGUCGGCUUAACUUCGAAGAACGCGUCCCAGCAGGCCCUAGUGAGCUGGCGACGCGCCCAGCAGAUGCGCGAGGUCCUGGCCUCCGGCGGGCGCUACGACGCGCUCCUCGAGGAAGUCCGCAUGCAGGGAAUCGGCGAGGAGGAGGACGGAGACCGAGGCCGCGGAGGUGAGAGGGACGAGCGACGCAGAGAGGCUGGCGGCCACCAUGAAAAGCGGCGAAGAACUCUCUCGGUCACUGGCGUGGAGCUCGCAGUCGAGUGCAUCGGCAAGCGCCUCCUGCUGCUCGCGCAGAAUCCGAAGAGUCGCUUUCUUUUCUCAGACGACGCGUUGAAGGGUCCUCACUUUCUCUCGGGCGCGGUCGGGGCUGCUAACUCGACUUCCUUCUCUCGCGAGUUUGGAGGCGUCGACGCGAAAGCGCAAGCCUCGGGCCUCGCCUCGGACGCGACUGGCGGGUCUCUCUUCGUCUCCAAACACGACAUGCAUCCUCAUCCUUCGCUGUCCUUCCCGCCGCCCUCUGCCGUGGCCGGCGCCCUCGGGCCUCUUGGCCCGCACGACCCCGGACACCCCGGCGGGACUGGCGAGGCGACCCUGCGAAACAGUCGGGUACAUGUCCACCCGCAGGCGAGCCACGCUCCCCACGUUUCGGGGGCAGGCGCCGGCGGCGAGAAAGAGGGCAAGGGCGCGCCGGGGGCGGCGGGAGUCUCCGCAGGUCUCGGAGCCCCCGGGGGCCUCGAGGGUAGAGACGAAGGCCGCGGCCGCGACGGUCGGGCCUUCGCGAACGUCAGUCGAGUCCGGAGCGUUUCUGGCGGGGAGGAGCGGAAGCAAGCGGCGAUGGAGAUGUGGAGGCGAAUGGGCGCAAGCGUCAAACAUCUGUUCCAGGACGCGCCGAAAUGGUCAAACCAGCCGGCAGUUCUUCUCUGCGUCGUCCAGCCGCACUCGGAGCGAAGCGGCGCCGGGAAGACAGAAAGCGGAAGCAAACAGAGACAUGAAGAACGGAGACACGCCUUCCUCGCUGCAGCUGCCUACGAACUUCGCAUGCGACUCCGCAGGAGUGCUGUCACGUGCGAGAUUCGGUGGAUUUCUCUGGCGGAGCGUCAACGGAUGAAACGACCUGUUCGGCGACCUGCAGGAAAUGCAACGAGUCGCCCGUCCUCUGGAGCCUCGGCGCCGCAAGCCCUCGCCUCUCGGGACCUUCUUCAGUGGCUUGUCUUUCUUUCUUCCUCUUCGCUUUCUCUUCCGUCUACUUCUGUGUGUUCGCCCUCUCUCUGUGCGUCUUCUCCGCCUCUUCCGGGCGCCCCUGCGUCGGCCCUGUCUCUUUCGUCUUUGGCGCCUUCCGCGACGGAAAAGGGUGAGGUGUCUCCUUCCGCGUCGGAGACGACUGUGUCUGCGGAGGACGAGCAGCCAGAGGAGGACGCGCGGCAGACCACAGCAAAAAGGGAAAGAGAAAAACUGUUUGCGAUGCUGGAUGAAGCCGUCGCGGCCACAGACGGAACCGCCUUCGCCACAACGAGGGAUCUGCACGAAGACGAGGCCACCGCGGUGCAGCGAGAAAACAAAGCCAACGUUCAUGAGUUGAACAUCCAUAUCGAGCAUCUUUACGGGGAAGAGACAUCACAGGUCCUGACCUCUGUGAACGACGCAGUGGCGUUCCUCGCCGCAGCUGUGGGAGGCCCGAAAGCGUCCUAG